AUGGAUGGGAGAAGGGAAGCAGGUGAUAAGGGGAAGAAAGAGAGGAGGGAGGAGAGAAGGAGACAGAGGAGGGCCGAGAGGGCGAGGAGUAUGAAUGUUAUUGGUAGUGUGGAGGAAGAUGUGGAGGGAGAGGAGUGGUUGAGCAAGGAGGAGGCGAGGGAAAGAAUGAAGGCGAAGAGGGAGUUAAGGAGGAGGAUUCGGGCUUGGAUAGAAGAUGUGGAGCGAGAGGAGAGGUUGAGGAGGCAGGAGGAGGCGAGGGAAAGAAUGGAGGCGAAGAGGGAGGAGAGGAGGAGGAGGAUUCAGACUUGGAUUGACGACGUUGAGAAAGAGAGAGUGGGCGAAGGUGAAGAAGAAGAAGACAUUUAUUGUUGUAUCAUUAUAUAA